AUGAAUUGUUCCUCAAUGUACCCCAUCGUUGGUGAAGAUCUUCUCGAGUUUGAAUCGAAUCAAUGCCAUGAAUGUGUUGACGAAGAUAGUCACGAUUUAAUUCAAAUAAUCGAUACAAUUGAUCCAGAUGUUGAGGCUGAAUCAGUUCUAUAUACGCCCCUUCGGUGGGCAACAUUUGACGGGUAAAGUUUGAACACAUAGUUUUCAAAUACGUACCGGAAAUUUAAAACAAUUUUUACUUUUCUGUAAGACACUGGAUCAAAGAAUAUCAACUUUGUGAAGAUCAAUCCAAGUUAUUCGGGUUACUUUUGAACACUAUAAAACCGAAAUCGAACGUUAAAACAUUAUCAAAUGGAGUGAGUAUGUAUAGGUAGGUAUCAGAGCUCCGUAUGGACUCAAAUUUUUGAGUCCAGUCCAGUCCGAGUCCAUGAAGAACAUUCUUUUUAAGUCCAGUCCAGUCCAUGGACUCUAGAAAAGCAGUCCAGUCUAGUCCAGUAUAUUGAGUAAACAGUCCAAUGGACUUUGCAAACUUCUGUAUGCUGUAGGAGCGGUCCAUUAGUAGCACGACCAUUGCCAAGAAACAUUUUAUUGCUGCCAAUUUCUGUUUCCUCAUCGUCAAUUGUUACAAACAGCUUCAGCAUUCUUUCGUUUCCACUAUCACAUCAUUUGUUCCUAGGUCGCCUCCACGAGCACUAAUUUCACGCACUCAUUCACUAACGUUAAACGAUGUCCAUACAACAUGAUAUUUAAUAACAAAACCAGAACUACAGUGCUUCUUAGGCUAGUACACACAAAAAGUGGUAAAAUCUGUUCGAGAGCAAAUACAUCAGUACUAUUCUAGAAAGACGAAACAAUACGCUAUAUAGAAUCGCCUUUAACAAAACAAAAACACCUUGUCUUUUACCGAUUUUUCCUCGAUUCAAAUCCAUCCAAAUUUUUUCCGAGUCCAGUUCAGUCCAUGGUUUUCAAAGUUUGAGUCCAGUCCAGUCCGAGUCCAUGAAAUCCAAAACAUUUGAGUCCAGAGUCCAUACGGAGCUCUGGCAGGUAUGCACCGAACCGAUAUUCGGUUUAAACCAACACCGAAAAAAUCCCAAACAGUUUUCUUUCAGAUUUUAAAAUGAUAUAAAGAGUUAGCACAUAACAUCUAUUUACUAAUUUUAUCUGUACCGGUUUCGGUUAAUCGACAAUUAAAAAACUAAAACCGCUAAAAUCAGAAAAAAGCACAGACGAAUCUACAUCUUGCGUUAACAGAACCUGGUGCAUACCUAAGUAUGUAUGUUCGGCUCGUCACACAAAUGGAAGUAAAUAUAGGAUUUGUAAACGUAUACUCUCUCUGCUGGCUGCAAUACUGUUAUUAGUAAGACUUCUUGUUACCAAAAAUGAUAAGAAAAGAUUCUCUACAAAAUGUAAUAUUUUCUAAUUAAUUUUGAGAUACUUGUGCUUUUCUUGUGUUCUUCCAUCGAAAUACUCACGUUCCAGAGCUCUUCGGUCUAACAAAUGAUCUAUGUUAAAAUAGCUAUUUCAUCGCCAAAACGUAUAUGAGGAUCAACGAUGUGUCCCCUUAAUCGUUGUGCAAGUGCAAUAGUUAAUACUACGCCUACUAUAUGUCAUAGAAUGAAUUCGAUGGAAACUGAAAUUGGUAGAUGGACUACCAAAAUUACGGCCAUCAAGGGUAUCUUUUACGGUUAUCCUUCAAUACCUUUUUAAACUCAUCAGUUCAUUUAUUAACAAAAUUCUGUGUUUUAAACUAUUAUACUUCAAUUGUCAUGAUACAAGAACGUGAGUUAUUUAUAACAAAAAUACCAUUUGAAAACAAAAAAAUAAAAGCUCUUUAACUCGAAUUUUGAUUAUAGAUCUGCAUGGUCGCCCGACUAUGAUCGCUCAAGUUCGCAGUCGGUUUCCUGUUUGAACCGAAUAUAGUGUGCGGUUUGACUUUACCAAAUUUUUUGCGAGAAACGUCCUUCUAUUCCAAAGACCUGUUCAUAAGUAAGAAAAGCAAGAAAAUGAAGAUGACUGUUGUUAAGCCUACCGGAAUCGGGGUUGGGCUUAAUAAAAGUUGACUAAAGAGAACUCGAAUUUUGAUCAGUCAGUUCUUCCACACGUUCUCGAUUAAGUGAUCGAAAAUUUUGAUGCUGCAUGUGAUUGACUUUGACACGUAAUUGAUUAAUAUGCACGUUAAAUUAUUUAUCGAUAUAAAAAAACAGCGGUUAAUAAGAGACUUUCUUGUUUUUCACAAACGCUGUUAAUUCAACAUUUCGAGUUGGGUGUUUCAUUCAAUAAGUAAUUAUUAAAUUUCAUGAUAUUCCGACGCCUAGACAAGCAAACAAAAACUUUCUGUUGCGUGGCAAUGCAUAUUUACUGGGCAUAGAACAUUCUCGUUAUGUUAGAGAAAAAAUGAUUUCCUUCGUCUUUCAAAUGUUGAUUUCUGUUGAUUUCAGAACUGUUAAACAUUUCUUUAGAAUGACAAGAUAAAUUUGAGAUAAGAACAUUCCUCAGCUAUUUUCGAUAUAAUCGUUAUCCGAAUAUAGGAUGAUAACAGUAGGGCAUGAUAAAAAAAUUCGGUGGUUUUUGUUUGCGUGUCUAGGCGUCGG